UCAAAGGUCAGGAUUUUGACUGGGAAAUUAGGACAUGAUUGUCAGGGCCCAGGAAGACUGGAAUGCUGGUCAAAGGUCAGGAUGGGGAAAGGAAGUCAGCAAUGGCAGGGAACAUCUGCUGAAGCUUCUACUAAGCUUCAGGCUUUCAAGUUUCAAACCUCCUCCUGAAGUCAGUGAGUGGCUUCCUCUCAGCUCACAGAUGAGUGCUGCAAAGACUGAAGAGGCGUCCACAGGCCUGCUGAAGACAAAGCCCACUACUCCAGACUGCCUGCAAGAGGUAGAAAUGGGUAAAAAGCUCCAAGGAAAAUGUCUCAGCAUCACCUCUCCUGAGUCUCGUGCUAAGCUUUACUGCUGCUAUGCAGUGAUCACAGUCCUCACUGUAGCAGUAAUUGUGCUUUCUGUUGCUCUGUCAGUAAAAAAGACUGAACAGGCCCCAGUGAAAAACACCUAUGCUGCUUGCCCAAGACACUGGAUUGGAUUUGGAAAUAAAUGUUUUCAUUUUUCUGAAUCCACAAGUAACUGGACCUUCAGCCAGACCUCCUGUGUGGCACAAGAUGCCCAACUUGCUCGAUUUGACAACCUGGAGGAGCUGGAUUUCCUAAGUAGAUACAAGGGGACUUUUGACUACUGGAUUGGCCUGCACAGAGAGUCACCACAACUCCCUUGGAGAUGGACAGACAACACUGAGUAUAACAGCACGUUUCCCAUCCGGGGAAAGGAAAACCAUGCCUACCUGAACAACAAUGGGGUCAGCAGUGCCAGGGUCUAUGCAGAUCGAAGAUGGAUCUGUAGCAAACCCAACAACUAUACCCUCCAGUGCCAAAAUUCUUUUUCUUCUUUCUAGCCUUUGCCAAAAGAUGCUUUUAGCCUGUCAUCUACAGUUGCUUCUCUUUCACAUCUUCCCACAUUGCUAUCAAAAGGAACUUAGAAUAUUCUUGACAUCACAAAUGAAAACCAUCUUGAAGAAGUGCACAUACAGGGGAUUAGAAGAACAUGGAUGAGUCAACAUAGAUGUCAUCACUCAGACCUUAAGUGUAAUGAACAAUUAAUGUUAUUGAACCCCACUUUUACUUUCAUGCAGAGAAGUCCUUAUUUUGAGUCUAUGAGACCAUAAAAAUGAGUUCCCAAAAGCGUGUGUGGAUGUUAUAUGGUGACACACACCUGAAAGCCGAGCUACUUAAAGGUUGAAACAGGAGAGUUAAGGUUCACAAGUGGGAAGUGAAGUACGGGAAUGCUUUAAUAUUGAUAGUGCCGGAGCCAGCCAGCCGAGUCGAACAGUUCUUGAGUCAGGAGUGAGGAUUAAAAUUAAUAAAAUAACACACAGCACACAGGAGGCUUUUUUAAGAAGGUCUGGACUUGACAGCCACAGCAAAAAGCCGCCUUAGCCUCUGCAGCAAAAACUAGCAGCCCUAGCAGCCACCUAGCAGCAACUGUUGGCCUGUCUUUUGUUGUAGUUUUUAAGCCAGAGUAGAAACAUCUCAGAACAAUGGGUUAAUUUCCAUGAGGAGCCUGAGGAAGAGGUGUGAUCUUCACAAACUAUGCCACUUGCUGUCACAAACAAAAUGAGAUGGACUUGCAAAUUUUUCCCUGCCUUUAGUGAAGGUCCGGUAAAAGCAGUCUCUCCGCUGAGAUUUAAAUAUCAAAGCAGCUGCCAGAGGCACCUCUCCAGACAAGAUAGGAAAGAUAAGAAUCUGUACUCUUUCAUAAUUUGGAGAAACACAUCAUAUGUUCUUUUCAAAAUUUAUGCCAACACAGAAAAGAAUUUAAAAAGUACUUAAAACUGUUGGGAUCAGCAAGCAGGCACUUCUACAGGCAGCCCCUGGGGCCUGACAGACCGGGUAUCAGGCAUUUGGAAAGACAACCAGACCACCUGCUGACCACCUGGAACCACCCGCGCAUGCUCUGGAUCACCCUAUAAGAGAACUGGGGCCCCUCCUCCUUCUCUCUCUCCCUCCUUUUCUCUUCCUCUCUCUGGCUCGGUCUGUCUGUCUGUCACUCUCUCUCCCUCUCUCUGUCUCUCUCUCUCUCUCUCUAUCUCUAUCUCUAUCUAUCUCCCUCUCUAUAACCCCCUUCACCUAAUAAACCUCCUGCGUGGAACCGA